AUGAAGCGCAAGGCCGAGAACACGAACGGCGCAGACGCCAAUGGCCACAGCAAGAAGCAAGCGACUGAGGCAAACGGCAUCAAGGGCCAGUUCAGCAAUGGCUUGCUGGAACCCAAGACCAUCCAGCAGUAUGCCACAGAUUACGCUAAUUCCACACCAUACAAGCAUGCUGUGGUUCCGACAUUGAUGAACGACGACCUCUUACGAUCAGUCCGCUCCGAGAUCCUCGAAAACAUCCACUUCACGCCCAAGGAGACUGACAUCUACAAGAUCCAUCAAUCAGGUGAUCUGGCAAAUCUAGACGGCCUUACUGCUUCUGCGUUGGAGAAGCUGCCAUCCUUGCUCCAGCUGAGGGAUGCUCUGUACAGCUAUGACUUCCGGCAAUGGCUGUCCACAGUCACUGGCGCUGGUGCCCUAUCUGGCAAGAAGACCGAUAUGGCCGUCAAUGUCUAUGUUCCUGGAUGCCACUUGCUCUGUCACGACGAUGUAAUUGGCAGCCGACGGGUGAGCUACAUUCUGUACUUGACGAACCCCGAUGUGCCCUGGCAAGCCGAAUGGGGUGGCGCGCUUCGCUUGUACCCCACAGAAGAAAUGAAGGACGGUUCUGGCAAGCUGUUCAAGGUGCCGAAGUCCGAGUGGACUGGAACCAUCCCACCAGCAUGGAAUCAACUAUCGUUCUUUGCUGUGCAGCCAGGAGAGAGCUUCCAUGAUGUGGAAGAGGUCUACCAUCGUAGUGUUGGCGAGAGCGAGAGCGAUGGUGGCAGGGUUAGGAUGGCGAUUAGCGGCUGGUUUCACAUCCCUCAAGAAGGCGAAGAAGGUUUUGAGCCAGGUCUAGAAGAGAAGUUGGCGGAGAAGAGCUCGUUGCAGCAGCUGCAGGGUAAAGCGGAUCAGUUUGAUCAGCCGCAAGAUCGGUGGCAUGACCCACUGCUACUACAGAAGGCUGCAAACCCCAUGGAAGACGGAGAUGGGUCUGCAGAGCUGGCCGAAGCCGAUCUGGAGUUCUUGCUGAAAUUCAUGACUCCGAACUACCUCACCCCGGACACAGUCGAGGAGCUCAACGAGAUGUUUGCCGAUGAGUCUACACUCCAGCUGAGUAACUUCUUGAACUCGAAGUUUGCAGAGCGACUCAAAGGAUGGCUCGAAGGCGACGAAGCGAUGAAGUGGCGAGAGGCAGCUUUCCAUGUCUCGAGACCACCACACAAGCACCGAUAUCAGUACAUCACCAGCGAGCCCCAGCCUCCUGUUGGCCUUGACGCCAGCGCAGCAAAUCCUUUCGAGCUGGUGCUCAACCAAUUUUUACCAAGCCUUGCGUUUCACAAGUGGCUUGCAUUGGCUACCGGUCUCACCCUGAAGAAAUGCUCGGUGAUCGCACGACGCUUCCGGCGAGGUCUCGACUACCAGCUAGCUCAAGGCUACAAUGGCGAGGACGCGCAGCUGGAGUAUUGUCUUUGUGUCACACCAACUUCAGGAUGGGCUGCCGAUGAUGAAGACGCUGAGCAAAAUGGCGAUGCGAACGGCAAGGGCAAAGAAGCAGAGGUGGAAGACGAAGACAACGUUGGAGGCUACGAGCUCUACAUGGCCGGCGAUGAUCAGGACGACGAUGCUGAGGGAUCAGAUGACGGUGUUGAGAUUCCAGCGAAGCUUCAAUCGCAGACUGGCGCUGGUGACAGAAGGAAUGCGAAACGGAAGAAGGCCGACCCGGCCGUCUACCAGACUGCGGCGGAGGAUGAGGAUGAUGGCAUUCUCGUCAGUAAUCCGGCGAGCUGGAACACUUUGAGCGUGGUAUUGAGGGAUCAAGGGACGCUGAAGUUUGUGAAGUAUGUGUCGAAGAGGGCGCCAGGGGAUCGGUAUGACUUGGUGGGGGCGGUGGAGGUUGAGCCGGAUGAUGAUGAGGAUGAUGAGGACGAUGGGGAGGAGGAGGUAGAGGCGGGCGCUUCAGCUUAG